AUGGAGGAAGCCACCGAGUCACCAUCGUCGCCACGCGAGAAAGAGAAACAUCACGAAACAGUCACCAAUUCGACGCGCCUAUCGUUAAAAUCCGAUUCUCAAUUCAGCAAUUACCAACUCUGGAAACAAAAGUUAAGGGAUAAUUGCUUCAAAAGAGUGCGAAAAGACCGAACCCGCUUGCUCUGGAAGUGUAGGCUCUCCUCCUCUCCAUCACAAAAUCUUCAUCAGGAUCAGUUGGACAUUGAAUUCCGCGAUAUUGUAUCGGAUGAAUUUCAUAAAAUUAUCAAACACGAUAAUGACGAUGAGGAUGAUGAUCUGUUGUGGGACGAUCCAAGUCCUCAUACCACGUACCAAGGUGAUGAUUGCCAAGAGAUACUGCUUGAAAUGCAAAGGAUAUUUUAUGAAGACCUCGAAUCUCAACAAGUUGAUACUUGGGAAGAUGAAGUGGACGACUACUUGGCUCGCGCAGUUUAUGAGCAUAUGCAUUUAAAUGCAGAUGAUACAUGCAGAAAAGAGAUUUGGUGCCCCGUCUGUAAGAAUGGGGAGCUUAAAGAAACUCACAAUAUCAUAUACUGUACUCUUUGUAAACUUCAACUGACUAAAGCAGGCGAGCUUACUUUGGACUUUUUACGAGACCGGCUUGCCGAAGUCCAUAUGGAACAUCUUGACAGAGGUUGCAAAUUAAAGCCCAGAUUUUGUAUAAAGACAAAAUUUGAUUUAACUGCGAUAUACAUUAUGUGUGAAGGUUGUGAAACAUUUGAGGUUGUAAUUUAA